AUGUUAAGGAAAAACAAAGGGUUGAUUUUUAAAUACUUUCUUAAUCUCAUUAAUGGAGCUUUCUUGGUUCUGGGGCUUUUACUCAUGGGAUUUGGUACCUGGCUUUUAUUAGAUGGAAAUAAUUUUUUCACAGCUUUGGAUGAAAAUAAUCACUUGACAGUGUAUAUUUUUCGAAUUUUGAUUGGAACUGGAUCUGCUAUUCUUCUUCUUUGUCUCUUGGGUUAUUUGGGAAUUCACAAUGAGAUCAGGUGGCUCCUAAUUCUGUAUGCAGUACUGUUAAUGUGGGCUGUUGGUGUUCAGGUUGUACUUUCAACACUCAUCUUUGCAAAGAAGGAAGAGGUUCACCAAGCAUGGCAUGAUAAAAUUGAUUCCAUCAUUUCUGAGUAUGGAUCUGAGGAUUUCCCUCAAGAUGUACCCAAGUGGGUGAUUCUGAAUGCUCUGCAGAAAAUGUUUCAGUGUUGUGGCCUAAAAAAUUAUACAGACUGGACCAAGAACAAGAAUAAAGAAAAUUUAGAACAGGUGCCAUGUUCUUGCACAAAUUCUACAUUAGGAAAGUGGUUUUGUGAUGAGCCACUGAAUGCAACGUACCUACAGGGUUGUGAAAAUAAAAUCAACACAUGGUAUCAUGCUAAUGCUUUGACAUUAAUUGGAAUUAACUUUGGACUUUUGGCUUCAGAGGUUUUGCAAUUCUCAUUAACUGUUUGUUUCUUCAGACACAUCAAGAAUAGAAUAUAUGCAGAAAAGUGA